AUUCUCACAGCGAAUGAGCUCACAUAGAUCAGGAGUAACGCGUGCAUGUGACUCCUGUCGGCGUAGGAAAGGUCAGUGUUUCUUUGGUGUUUCUGCUUCAAUCCACAGCAUGGCGUUGGUGCUACCUGGCAAUGAUUCGUACGUCGCUGACGUCUUGGAAAUUACAGUAAGAUGCGAAGCCGGAGGCGAUUCAGUUGGCCAAAAGUGUUCAAGAUGCGCUCUCCAAGGCGUCGAAUGCACGUAUAACGCCACACCACAACGGGAGAACUUUGAUUCUCGUCAGAUAAGACGCCUGCGUAAGAGGUGUGAUGAGCUGGAGACCCGACUCAGCCAAAUGCAGCAGCUCAUGAACGGUACAAGCUCUGGGUCGAAUGUGGUCUCUAAUCUCUCGACCUUCAAUACCUCCGCAAAUCUGCCUUAUGUCGACUCACCAAACACUCGCACCACAAUGCAUUCGAAUGACUCACUCCUACCCGUGACAGAUGAUGAUGACUCAGACUCAAGUGACGACGAGUACGGAAAUAUCAGACUCCUUACCGAACAUGUUGAAGCUCUGUCUCUCGCCACUGACGCAGGCCGCUCAACUUUCCAUGGAAAGUCGAGUCUUACGGGCGUCAUUGUCCAAGUCGCACAAGCCAUUCCGCCUCCGCCACGGGAGAUCGACAGCCCCAGCCAUUCGACAGCCAUAUCGCAACGGCACCUAAUUUCCUGGAUGACAGCCCGCGAUGGUUUCAACCUUCGAUCCUCCUGUGCCGAUGUGGAUUUGAACUUCCCCGAACCAUCCCUACUACACGAACUGGCUGAGAUCUACUUCACCCGUUCAAACCCGUGGACAGGCUUGCUACACCGUCCCACCUUCUUCCGUUCCGUAGAAAAGGGUCUUCACCACGACGAUCGAGGAUUCGGCAGUGUGGUCCUCCUUGUUUGCGCCCUGGGUGCCCUGCAUUCUGAUGACCCUAGGCACCUCGAUGAUUAUGGGACCACUACCAACGACACUAGCUCUGGCUCGGUUUGGCAGUCCGCAGGUUGGAAAUGGGUGUCUCAGAUCGACCCGAUGCGUAAUGCAUUGUCCCAUACACCUUCCUUGUACGAUCUACAGAUGUAUGCGUUAUCGCUGGUUACCUUUCAUGCGUACCCAACGGCAGUAGAUCUAUGUGGUCUUGCUGGAAUGGGGGUGCGUCGUGCGCAGGUUGUAGGAGCUCACAGACAGAAGGCGUAUGGAGGUAAACUCACAAUCGAAGGAGAGCUGUGGAAACGUGCUUUCUGGUCGCUGCUGUCGACAGAGACCUUGCUUUGUGUUGCCCUUGGUAGGCCGUGCUCCACUCAAGACUGUGACUUAGACCUACCAGUAGACUGUGACGACGAAUUUUGGGACAAUCCCGACCCCGAACGUCGUUUCAUCCAGCCGAUUGGAAAACCAUCUUCCAUGUCAUUUCGUAUAGCUACGUUCAAGCUCCGAGAGAUCCUUGCUUCCGCAUCCCGCACCAUCUAUUCGACCAAGAAGUCCAGGAUUCUCUCGGGACUAGUGGGACCAGACUGGGAACGACGUGUAGUCACUGAGCUUGACUCUUCCUUAAACCGCUGGCAGGAUCUACUCCCCUCACACCUGAAAUGGAAUCCUGACCGCUCGGUCGACAUAUUCUACAUCCAGUCCGCAUGCCUCGCCUGCAUGUUCUAUCACACGCAAACGUUCAUCCACCGGCGGUUCAUAUCCGCCAUUGGCAGUCAUACGCCCAGUCCCCUUGUAGAGGCCUCGACUGUGAUAUGUCUGAACGCUGCGAGAUCGUGUGGGAACAUCGUUCUCACCCUCCCGCGAACACGAACCUUCUCAUUCCCGGGUCUCUUCGGAAAUUCUCUGUUCGAGUGUCUAGUUAUCCUCGUCAUCAAUGUUUCACGUAGAGUUCAACGAGGGGAACAACUCUCGGAGCAGGAAGUCCGUGACCUCGAUAUUGCGUCAAAAUGUCUGGCUGUCACGGAGUAUCAUGAGCAGAGAUCCUUCGCGGCAGGAAGACUGAGGCACAUACUCUGCCACUUUGCCUUUUCAUGCGGACUCUCCUCAGUAUGGUCACUGGCGAAGUUUCCCAUACCAACUACCACAGAGGCCGGACCAAGCGAUACUUCACGAUCGGCACCGGAGUUCACCCAGCAAAACCUGUUACUACAGGAUGACUUCGAACGAUGGAUGGCAUAUGAGGCGCUGCAGACCGAGUUUAAUCCCUUCAGCACUCUGAUUCAGGGCGAGCCAGCGAACUCAUUCCCAUCGUUCUUCGGGCUCCCGUUCGAUCUGAAUGGUGGUCCGGCUAUUGAUGUUGACGGUGCCGCUGCGAUGGGGAUGUCUGCUAUUGACUUCCCGUCGAGCUCCUCUUCGGACGCUCAGCAGUGGGGAUGAUGGGUUCCUUGGGCAUGGUUU